ACACCAAGUCAGCUUCAUCAGUUGGUUUCGCGCUUCACGCGUGUUCACUUCGUAUUUUUUUUUGAGAACAAAGUUUUCAUUAAAAAAAGAAAAAAAAAAAAAAAAAAAAUCGGUUGAUAAAAAAAAUUAUUUAUUCAGUGGACAAAUUUGUCAAUAAUUUUCGAUUUAAUUUUUAAAUUUUCUAUAUAUAAAUCAUUGCGGGACGAGUGGGAGGAGAAUAUUUAAUGAACGUGAAAUUAAAAAAAAAAAAAAAAAAGUGCAGUGAAUAAUAAAAUGUACGUGUUUCGAAAAUGGUGACAAAGAGUAUAAAGAACGUAUGUUUUGUUGUCAUUAUUAUCGGAACAUUCUGAACGGAAGUAAGAAUGACCCUUCAUUGGGAAAAACUUUCACCAGCUGAGUUUCAGCAACUUCAAGAUUUAGCAGCAUAUUCGACAAAAAAACUUCAAGAUGUUCUCAACGAAUUUUGUGGCACUGCCUCAACACCCGGAAGUCUUCCAAAAUAUCAUCCAGAUGGAGAUAUCGAUUAUGAAGGAUUUCGAAAAUUUCUCGACACCUAUCUCGAAGUUACAACACCUGACGAGCUAUCGCGACAUCUUUUUCUAUCGUUUCUCAAAAAGGGUCAACGAGGAAUUGACGGAAAAGCCUUCAAGGAAAUGGCAGUAUUGUCUUCCACGACGGCGUGUGCGGCAAUUACCUCACACACCACAUCCACCAGUAACGUGAAUAGCACUGGAUUACCUGGGGGUACAUCUAUUGAAAGUCAUGGCUCAUCUUUUGCCGAUAAAAUUCAUGGAUUAACAGAAAAACUUCAAGCUCUUGGUCAUCAUAGAAAUGAUAGUGAACUUUCGAGAACGAGAACAGGAAGUGUACAUCCAACAUUGACAGUGGCUCACACAUCGUAUAGUUGUCACGAUGUACUUGAGAAAAAAAGUACAGAAAGCAGUCCAAGUCAUAGUCAAAUGUCACGAAACUCUUCGAGAAAAUCGAAUAAUUCACUUCUUGUCAACAAUGGAAAAUAUGAAGAGAUCAGACAUCUCGUCAGGAAACAAAGUACAAUUGAUGUACAUUCGAUUAAAGUUAGUCUUAAGGAUAUCGUCUGUUAUCUAUCUCUACUGGAAGCUGGAACGCCAGAAGAUAAAUUGGAAUUCAUGUUCCGACUUUACGAUACAGAUGGUAACGGAGUUCUUGAUACAAACGAAACAGACUGUAUCGUCAAUCAAAUGAUGAAUGUUGCUGAGUAUUUAGGAUGGGAUGUCUCUGAAUUAAAACCGAUCCUGGAGGAUAUGAUGGUAGAAAUAGAUUACGAUGCAGAUGGUACGGUUUCAUUGGAAGAAUGGAAGAGAGGAGGAUUGACGACAAUUCCUCUUUUAGUACUACUGGGUCUUGAUUCUCAUGUCAAAGAGGAUGGUAAUCAUCUUUGGAGACUAAAACACUUUAGUAAACCAGCUUAUUGCAAUCUAUGUCUCAACAUGUUAGUUGGUCUUGGCAAAAAAGGACUCUGCUGUGUUUUUUGCAAGUACACAGUUCACGAGAGAUGUGUACAAAGAGCACCAGCUUCUUGUAUAGCAACAUAUGUAAAAAGUAAAAAAACUUCACAAGUUAUGGUACAUCAUUGGGUUGAGGGGAACUGCCAUGGGAAAUGCUCAAAGUGUAAAAAGACAAUAAAAAGUUAUAACGGAAUAACAGGUCUUCAUUGUCGCUGGUGUCAAAUCACGCUGCACAAUAGAUGCGCAUCGCAGGUACGAGCUGAUUGCAACCUAGGAGAACAUGCAGUUCACAUACUACCGCCCACAGCUAUUUGUCCGGUUGUUUUGGACAGACAAAGGUCACUUUCCAGGGAUAGUAAAAGGGGUAGUAAACAUGGACAAGAUUCAACUUCAAGUAGUUCGGGUGGCUUUCUCUCGUGUAACAAUACAUCUAAUCAGCAACCAGCAAUGUCUUUUCAAAUUACACAACCACAAGGAACGAUACCCCUAUUGGUGUUCAUAAAUCCAAAAUCAGGCGGAAGACAGGGAGAGAGAAUGUUAAGAAAAUUUCAAUACAUUUUAAAUCCAAGACAAGUACACAAUUUAGCUAUUGGUGGACCAAUGCAGGGUUUGCAAUUAUUUAAAGAUGUUGAACAAUUUAAAGUUAUUUGUUGCGGUGGAGAUGGUACCGUCGGUUGGGUUCUCGAAACAAUGGAUCGUGUACAAUUUGAACAUCAACCGGCAGUGGGUGUAAUUCCACUUGGAACAGGAAAUGAUUUAGCGCGAUGCCUACGUUGGGGUGGUGGCUAUGAAGGUGAAUCAAUUCACAAAAUUUUGAAGAAAAUUGAAAAAUCAACACCGGUAAUGAUGGACAGAUGGCAAAUUGAAGUAACUGAUCAAAAAGAAGAAAAAAAACCAAAUCAAGACUGCAUUCCCUAUAAUAUUAUCAACAAUUAUUUCUCAGUGGGUGUUGAUGCUGCAAUUUGUGUUAAAUUUCAUCUUGAACGAGAAAAGAAUCCAGAAAAAUUUAACAGUAGAAUGAAAAAUAAAUUAUGGUACUUUGAAUAUGCAACCACAGAACAAUUUGCAGCGAGUUGCAAAAAUCUUCACGAAGAUCUCGAAAUUAUCUGUGAUGGUGUACCUUUGGAUCUAGCACACGGUCCAUCACUUCAAGGUGUGGCAUUGUUAAACAUUCCGUUUACUCAUGGGGGUUCUAAUUUAUGGGGCGAACAUCACAUGAAACAUCGACUUGGAAAAAGAAAGAAACGACCCGACAAGGAAUUGAGUACGAGUAGUUUUAAUUCAGUCGAUCUCACUGUCGCGAUACAAGACAUAGGUGAUAAUCUCAUUGAAGUGAUUGGUUUGGAAAAUUGUCUACACAUGGGUCAAGUGAAAACUGGACUACGUGCAUCAGGAAGAAGAUUAGCUCAAUGUAGUAGUGUUACAAUCACAACAUUUAAACGGUUUCCCAUGCAAAUCGAUGGUGAACCAUGGAUGCAAGGUCCCUGCGCCAUUCAUAUAACGCAUAAAAAUCAAGUUCCGAUGUUAAUGGCACCACCACCAGAUAAAAGAAAAGGUUUCUUUCGUUUUUUAAGAAGAUGAACUUAUUGUAAAUCGAGACGCGUAAAUCGUGUCCACCCAUUUGGGGAAAUUUGAGCUUUUUUUUCCCUAUAGUUUCCGUCUAGUCAAGAGCCAUCACUAAUAAAAAUAGCCACAUCGCCUAUAUCGUAAUAUGAUUGUACUAAAUAAUAUAUAAUAUAUAAUUUUCGCUGUUAAUGUGCAAAGCGAACAAUUUUCGUACGUCCGUAUAAAUUCUUUUAGUGCUAUUAUACGAUAAAUCGACCAUUAAAAUCAAAUGGAAAUGUCAUUAUGUAAAAUAUUUUCGAAAUUAUAUUCGCGAGGCUAUACAGAAAAAAAAAAUAUAUAUAUAUAUUAUAUUAGAUGCGUGAUAGUUAUUUGAGAGGCUCAUUUUCAAUUAUUGUUAUAAGAAAUCAUUUUUCAAAUUAUAAAACGUUUAAAACGUUUUAUUUUCUCAUCUCUUCUCAAUAUCUCGUAUUUACAAUAAUAUUUCUAAAUUAAACAAUAGUUCAAUAAAAUUGAAUAGUUAUAUCAAAAUUAUCAUUAUUAUUAUUAAAAAAAAAGUAUUAUAAAUAUAAAAUAUUGAUAGAAAUAUUUUGUUAUAGAAUAUUAAUAUUUUUCAUCAUUUUAAAAUUGAAAAUUAAUUUGAAAAUGAGUCUAUCAACUUUCGUCCAUAAUAUCGAUUCGCAAAAAAAUAUUUUCAUAUAGAAUUGUAAAUGUCUAACUAAAUUAAAAAUAUUUAAACAUGAAUAUAUGGCAAAUUUUGCUGUGAGUAGGAAAGUACGUGAUAUAUUAUAUAUAAAUAUAAUUAGAAAAAGAGAAGUGAAAAAAAAGAUUUAAAAAAAAAAGAUUUAAAAAAAAAAAAUAUAUAUAUAUAUACGCAAUAGAUUCGAUUUAGAAAAAUAAUUAUUAAAAAUUUAGAUUUUAGAAUAAAAUAUUUCAUUUCUUUUAGCUUUAAAAAUUAAUUUGAUAUUUUACGUAAUUUAAAAUCGAUUUCUCAAUGACGACAAUUUUUUUUUCAUAUAAAAUAACUUCUUUUAAAAUCAUUAAGACUUGACGGAAGCCAGAUGGAAAUAUUUACAGUAAAAUAAACCAUUUGUGACCUCUUAUAUAAUUAAUAAUGAAGUUAAGUAUUAUUAACGUAAUUACAUUUUCUUAUAAUGGGAACACCGUCGUUGCACGUUUCUACCAAUGAUAAAAUCUCUAGUCAAUUUUUUAUUUGCCAAUGAUCUUUCAUUUAUAUUUAUAUUUUUGCAAUUGUUCUUUAAUGGAACAUUUAUUUUUUUUUUACAUAUUUUCUUAUAUCGUUAUACUUUAAUUAUUAUUUUUUAUUUUUGUACAAAUAUUUUCAUUUUUUAGUUCUAAAAUUAAUUAAUUUUAAUUAUUAUUAUUGUCAUUUGUUUAUUAAUAAUAAUUUAAUUACUAAUUAUGUUUAAAAAAAAUGUUUAAGUAAAUUUAUUUUUAACAAAAAAAGCAAUUUCUUGGUUAAAUUGAAAACCAAAUCAAAACUAACCAUAAUAAUCAUUAUUAGAAUCAUUAAAUAUAAUUGAAAAUGUUAAUUGUCACACAAUUGUUUUUGCUAUAAAAAUUAAUUAAUCUCAAUAUAUUUCUUGACAAAACAAUUCUAGUCUUUAUAUUAAAGAUUUCUCUAAUAAGCAAAAAAAAACUGCUGGUAAUCAAGAAUAAAAAGUGGAUUUUAGAAAUCAGUUUUUUAAAUACACUGCCACUUUUUAACAUUUUCACAAUCAUCUCUUUAAGAUAAUAAGACAAAUAAUCUUCUUUUUCUAUUUUACUUUUUAAAGUAAUAAAAAAAAAUCGUUUAAUUUCGAAUGCUUGAAUUUUGGAACAAAAUAACAAUUUUAAAAGUAUAAUAUGGUGAAUGUGUUUUUUCGUAUAAUUAUAACAUGAAAAAAAAACAAACAUGAUUGUUCAAUCAUAAUAAAAACGCGACUGCUAAAAAAGAGAUAUAAACAUUCAUCAUGGACCACAGAAUGUAACGAACUUUCCGUCCGUGAAAUAUAGAAAUGAAAUAUUUACAUUUAGUAAUAAGCUCGUAUGUAGUUGUAAUAAUUAUUUUUUUAAGUUUCUCACGGUCGCAUAUAAUUCUUUUUUUUAUAUAUAUAUAUUACCAAAAUUAUAUAUACGUUAUUAUAUUUUUCACGAAAAUUUCAGUAUUUAUUUUAUAAAUUCAAAUUUAUUUAAAAAAAAAUUAAUUCCAACUAAAAAUUCCUUUUUAUAUGUUAUUUGAGAAUAAUAUUUAUUUAUAUUAAUAAAUAAUAUUAUAAUUAUUAAUAUAAAUAAUAUUAUUUAGAAAUAAUAUUUGUAAAUUUAUUUAAAUAAUUGCACAAAUGUUUAUAGAAAUAAAUUCGAGAAACGUGCAUAAUAUUAAAAAAAGAAACUGUUUAAAUCCCACAGGGACCAGCUCAUCAAAUUGAUAAAAAAAAAAAAAAAAAUAUCACUAUGCAGUACCUAAAAAUUUCCUUUCGACAGUGAAAAAAAGAACUAGCUUUUUAUAUUAAAAACAAAUUUUAAUCAAUUAUAAAAUCAGCUUAACUAGAAAAUUCAUUUCUAUAUAAUUAAAUCAAAAUGCUUAUAAUGUAUUUUUAAAACAAUUAUAUUAUCAUGUAAAAUGUAUAUACGUAUAUAAAUUGUUAAUUUUUUUUUUUUAACGAAAGAAAAAAUAUUUAUUUAAAAUAGAAAGUACAAUUUUGUAUUUAUUUAGUUAAUUAUAAUUGCUUUUUGUACUUUUUAUAUAGAUUUCAUUAAUAUUUUUUCUGUGAAAAAAAAACCAAAGAAUAAUGUUGAAUGUGUGUUGAUUAAUUUUUAAGAUAAAAUUUCAAUUCUUAUUUUGUAAACAUCGACUCUCUCUCUAUCUCCCUUUCUCUUUCAAAAAAAAAAAGAUAAAGCUUGAAUCUGAUAGUUUAAAUGUUUUAUAUCUAAACCAAGUUAAUGUAUAAUCUCUUUUUUUUUAAAUAUUUCAAUUUAGAAUAUUAUAUAGACUUGCGCGAAUGUUAAAUUGAUAAUUCUCUAUCAUUGUUAAAAACUCAUGUUUGUAUUUAUAGAAUUUUAAUAAUUUGUAUAGUCAUACAUUCUUGCGCAUAUAUUUAGUGAUUAAAUGUAGCCCUACUUAUAAAGUUAAGAGGAUCGAAAUAUUACGCUUAUGAAAACAAAAAAAAAAAAAAGUUAUACCUAUAAUAGGUAGAAUCUUUAAUGUGUGUAUAUAUAGAUAUAUACAUUUAUAUAUAAAUAUAUAUAUAGGUAUAUACAUAUAAAUAUUUAUUUAAUUAUAAAUAGAGCUCGUGAAUAGGAAAGUAUCUAAAUGGAUUUGUCUGCAAAAAAAAAAUUAAAAAAAAAAAAUAAAAAAAACUCGCCACUUUUGCUUAUAUACAAUUUAGUAUUUAAGGAGUGAUUAUUUUCAUCUUAAAAUUAAAGCAGUUUUUCAGUGUGCUUAUCCUGAAGAUAAUAACAAAAGACCCAAAAAAUAAGGAGAUAUAAAGAACAAUAUUUAAAAAAAAUAUUUUAAACAUUUUUAAUAUCUCGUAUUUUUAAUAAUAUUAUAUCUUUUAAAAACAUGUGAGACAUUAAUAGGCAUUAAAGGCGUUAAAAUUUUUCAAGAAUUUAAUUUUUAAACUGAAAACAAUAAAUAAUCUUUAAAAAUAUAUAAAAAAAAUAUAUUAAAAAAAUUAUAUCAAAUAUACAAUAAAAUAAAAUUUUUUAAAAUAAAGACCUUUUUAUAUUUAUCAGUUUAAAAAUUAAAAUAUUAAAAAUUUUAUUAGUCUGAAAUCUAUAACAUAUUAUAAUAUCUCAUAUUAUAACAAUUUUAAUUAAUCAAUAAAAAAAAUUCCAAUAAUUGAUUUAAAAUAAAAUGAAUUUAGAAAAAUUUCAAAUCGUUAGCAAGUAAUUUAUAUAAUUAUAUAUUAAAUACAUUUUCUUCUCACAUCAUGUUUAUCAAUAGAUGUAAUAAAAUUUAAUUUUUAAAUUUCAACAUUACUAUUUUUUUGUUAAUCUUAAGAAAACAAUAGUAACUGAUUGUCAAAAAAAAACUAAAAAUAAUGAAGCACAUGUAAAUGUUAUAGCAGAAUUCCAAGCACUAUUUAUAUAUCUGAUAUUAGCUAAAUUUACUGCCAAAUUUUUUGGGUCUACAUGAGCACUACUGCCAUAUUUUUCAAGAUACCAAAACUAUAGAAUACACAAACAAAUGUGUAUUAAAAAAAAGCGAAAAAUAACUAAAAAAAAAAAAUUAUGUACAUUUGCUCUAUAGAACGAAUUACAAGACUCUCGAGAUAUUGUUUUCGAGAAAUAUAAAUAUAUAUAUAUAUAUAUAUAUAUAUAUACAAUAAUGUGAACGAUUUCAUGAACUACUGUAAUUGCUUUGCAAUUAGAAAUUUGAAUCAAAUGUCAAACAACAUGUACAUUGAAUUCCAAUAAAAGAUAUUUGAAUUA